AUGGAGUUUCCAAAAUUAGAAACAGAUGAUAAUGGAAAACUGGAAAAUGAAGAUCUUAUAAAUAGCUUUUUUGGGAAAAUACAAUUUGAUAAUAAUACAAAUAAAUUAGAUAGAUUAAAAAUAUAUAGUAUAUCAACCGAAACAGAUUCACGUAAACAUUCGAAGCAGUUACAAAAUGGAAACAUGUUUGAAAAAUUACCAUAUUCAGUGUCAUAUAUAAAUGGCAACGAAAAAAUAAAUAAUUAUAAAUUUAAAAAUAUGUUAAUCAAUAACCAAACAAACAAUACAGAUAAUAAUGCAGCAUUGUACAUAAACAAUAAUCCAAUUAAAACAAAUGAAUCUAAAAAUAGAAAUAACACAUUUCCUUUUCAAAACGAUAAUAUAAAUGAUGUAAUAUAUGAUGAAAACAAAACAUGUAUAGAAAAUAUGUCUAUUUUUAUUAAUAAUAAAAAUAAAAGUAAAAUAGAUGAAGAUAAUAACAUUUUAUUUUGUCAAAAGUUGAAGAAUUAUGAUAAUAAUUUACAAAUAGAUGAAAAAAAUAUAAUAUCAAAUAAACAAAACGAAUCUAGAAAUAGCUAUAUUAAUCAUGAUAAUAUAUAUGUACCAAAUGGAUAUAAUGAAAUAGAAAAAAAAAUAAAAAGUAUUGCAUUUAUAAAUAAUUUAAAUAAAUAUAAUUAUGAAUUUAAUGAAAAUAAUAUUUUUAAUAAAUCAAAUAAUACAUUAAAAAUGGGUUCUGAAUCAAAAUAUAAUAAUAAUAAUAAUAUCAAUUAUGAUUAUGAAAAUAUAUCAAAAAAAAUAGAUGCAAUGGAAAAUAUAGAAACAAUACCAUCAUAUAAUAAUUCACAAGAAAUAAACAAAACAUUUCAUCCUAAUAAUUUAUCAUAUAUAAUAAAUAAAGAUAUUCAAACAACAUCUGAAAAUUGUCUAAAACAAUCUGGUUCCUCAUUAAAUAACUUUAACGAAAUACGUGAUAAUAAUUUUAGCGAUUUUUUUAUCCAAAAUACAAAACAAAAUUUGAAUCAAAAACAUGAAUAUAUUUUUAAUAAUAAUAUUUUAUAUGACAAUGAUGAAGCAAACAACGGGUUCGAAACAAACAACGGGUUCGAAACAAAUAAAGGGUUCAAAUGUAAAAAAGACGAAACAUCGAUAAAAGGAAAUAAUAGAAAUGAACUAAACGAAGAUCUAAAUGAAUAUUUGGAAAAUGUAAUAGGACAAAGCUAUUUUUAUGAUUUAAAAAAAAAUAAAAUUGUAUGUAUUGAUGAGCAAGAACAUGAUUCUAUUAUUAGUUUUGAAAAUGAAAAAAAUGAAUCUAAUUUAUCAUAUGAUUUUAAUAGUAAUUUUAAUAAUAAUUCUGUGAAUCCAAAUAUUGUGAAUCCCAAUUUUAUGAAUAAUGACAAACAACGUGGGCAAGAUGUAGAUGUAAAAGAUAUAAACAUAAAUAUGAAACUUUUGAAAACUAUAUUGUCAACAGAAUAUAAAAAUAUGGAUAAUUUGUUUGAUCAAUGUAAUUAUGAUUCACAUAAUCCUGGAAAUAAUACGAGUUCAGAAAUGUUUACAUCUAAACAAGAUGCAAACAACAAAAUAUAUGAUGAACAAACAUUUCCAAAAUCAAAAAAAAGUAUUCUAGAACAACAAUAUUUAGAAAAUUUUAUUUUCAAUGAAUUAAUGAAAUAUGCAGAAAUAGGGAAAGAAGAAAUAACUGAAAGUGAACUAUCCAAAAUUAAUAGCGAACAUAAUCAAUUUACAUCUUUAAAUAUAAAACCUAGUGAACCAAAUAAUGAUUCUAUUAUGACAUUUUCGAAUGAAAGAGAUAACAAAAAUAUCUUAGAUAAUGAAACAGAAAAGUUCAAUAAUUUUUUGGAAUAUAAUGAACAAGAUGUUAGACAAACUCGUUUUGAAAAUAGUUUAAGAAAUGUAAAUGUAAAUGAAAAUGAAAAAAUAGAAUGGGAAAAGAAUCAAGGAUUUAACACUUUCUGCAAUGCUAAUGAAACAGACGAACCCAAUUUCAUAAAUCAUAAAAAUGAACCCAAUUUCAUAAAUCAUAAAAAUGAACCAAAUUUCAUAAAUCAUAAAAAUGAACCAAAUUUCAUAAAUCAUAAAAAUCAAAAUGAAGAAAAUGGAGAAAAAUCAUUUAUAUGUAAUAAUUACAUAAGUGGGGAAAUGAAUAAUAACAAUGGUAACAAUAAUAGUAAUAGCAACAAUAACAAUAAUAGUAAUAGUAACAAUAUGUGCACGCAUGAAAAUAAAGUAGCCAAAUUUACUUUAAUAGUAAAUGUCCCACCAAAUACUACUCGAAAAGAUUUAAUGGCUGUAUUUAGCAAAUAUGGAAAUGUAAAUUUAACUAUGGUUGUUUGUGAUAAGCAAUCAAGACAUCCUAAUAAAGAAUGGACAGCAACAUCAGGAUAUGCUUUUGUUCGUUUUUCAACAAAUAUUGAAGCACAAAGAACAUUAAAUGCUGCAAUUUCAGGACAGAUACGAAUUAAAGGGAGUCGAGUUAGAGCUACUUGGGCAAAAAAAGAUUCAUAUUCAAAAAAAAAAAAAGAAUUUAAUUUAAAAAUUCCAUUUUCAGUAGUUAUUACUAAUGCAGAAGGAUUCAUAUGUUGCAUCUGUAAAAAUUAUUUAUCCUAUGAACCCAUAUUAUUUCCUUGUUGUUAUAUAUCUUCUUGUUCAGAUUGUUUUCAAAAUUACAUUAUAAAAGAAAUGAAUCAGCAAAAUAUUAAAUGUCCUAAUUGUUCAUUAUUCAUUAUAGAUCCUAUUAUUAAACUUGAUCAAAAUUCAAAAGGAAUUUUAACUUUGUUAUAUAAAAUAUAUUAUAAUAUUAAAGUAAAAUGUGUAUAUCAAAAUUGUAAAUGGAUUGGUUUUCAUCAUCAAUAUUUUUCUCAUAUAUUUACUUGUAAUUUUAAUGCAGUUUAG